AUGGAUAGUCUAUUGGUAAUGGAUCAAUAUGACAAGUCUCCUACGCCCAACUCUGACCAGUCUGAGUCAUCAUCUAGUAGAUCCAACUCUGAGCCAGAGUCAGAUGAGGCUUUGAAUGAUGAUGGUGCCAAUACUAUGCACUCAGGCCCACCUUCCCCACUUCCUCUACUUCCCUCACUUUCAUCCCUCAGUUCAGAGGAGGCUUGGCCUGAUGCCAGGACUGCUCCUGCCCAACUUCCCAUAAAAGACCCACUGCCUGCCACUGCAAGCACCACCACCCUUCUUGUGGAGCCUUAUCAUCCCCUGAGUCAAGAGCUGCUUGGAAAGAUCCAGGUCAACAACAACAAGUAUGAUAUUUUGAAGGUCAUGUUCUCAAGUACUAGUCUCAUUGGUCGAGGCACUGUCUGCUACCAAGCUAGGAGGGCUUCAGAUGGCCAGGGAUUUGUCAUCAAGGACCACUGGGUCCUUUGGGAUGUAGAUGAUGUAGAUGUCCUGAAUGAGAUCAUGAUGAUGAAGGCAAUGGAUGAUAUUCCUGGUGUCCCAAAGCUUGAAGAAUAUUGCAAGGUUAUGUUAUCCAGUGAAGUUGAUAAUACAUGGAUGUACUGUUACUUGGAGUCAACAAGCUUAGAAGGUACUUGGCACACACAUGUGCGCCUGGUCAUAAAACCCCAAGCACAGCACUUGCAGGAAUUUAAAACAAGGAAGGAGCUUGUUCAAGCAUUACUUGACAUUAUGAUCAAUGAUGGCAGUAGCAAUGAUGACCAUUACUCCUUGGGUGGAACAGGCAUGGUUCCAUUUCUGUCAUGGUCAGUUCUGGGACAGCUUGCUGUCUGGGAUAAACAUUCGCAAAACUCCUGCCACUUCAAAGUGGCAUCAGACUCACAGGCUAUAUCAAUUGGGUCUGUCAAACAGGACUUCAUGGACAAUCUCGAGUCUCUGUUUUAUGUCUUUAUGUGGAUCUGUAUCAUGUUCAGUGGUCCCCUCAGUAAGGAGCAUGACAUUACAUUGGAGGAAGAUUGGCUUCCAUAUGAAUGGAGUCACAUGUCACUCCGCCUUUGCCAGAAUGCCAAGAACAUGUACUUUUUCAACAUCAGGGAGUCACUCGACCAGUUUGACCCUUACUUUGCACCUCUUCUUCUGCUCAUGUGCAAUUGGACAGACUUCUUACACUACAAUUUCCCAUCAACCAACACUGAUAGGAAAAUCGCAGAGCACAAGCCUGUAAUGUUUGAUGAUGUCAUUGAACUCCUAGAUAAACACCUUGCACUCCUUCCAGACAAUGAGCUAUCCCCUGAGCAUUUGUUCAGACAGACAGUGAUGAACAAGAAUAUCCAGGAUGUAGCAGACAGGGCAGACAUCAUCAAGAAGAUGCAAUCUGGGGCAGCCAUUACCACAAGUAUACCUCAGAAGAAGUGUGGUCUUAAUGACACAGGACAAUCAAACCUACAAGAUUACUAG